GCGACUGUCAUGGCGUCGACUUCGAUAGAAAAACAACGCAAUAUCGCGAAGCACAGCAGGUGUUUUCGUGUGUAGUUGUUGACAUUUUUUGGUGUGCGGACUGCUAUUUUCUUACGCUCCUUGAAUUGUGUUACAUCUUAGUCGAAACUUGGAAUCAUGUUUUCCCUUAGGAGACAUUUUUUAACCGAAACCGACGCCGCAUUGAGUGCCAGCGGCUUCAGCGAGUAGUGUGCGCGCUUCCCAUCUUGUGACCCUAUUUCAACGGACGUACUCUUAAGCCUAUUUCAAUGAAAAGUUAUUCAUCAAGAUAUGAAAUCAAGUGCUAAACUUGUGUAGAAAAGUUUAAAAGUGAGUGCUUGUGAAUUUGUGGAUACCCAUGUCUAUAUUUGGAUCGUACUCAAGUCGACCCCGGUGACAGCCCGUUGGCUUCAGUGUGAGCGGGGUUUUGAGAAAGUGCCACUAGGCUACUUUUGAGCAUCAAAAUGAAUUACACGCCAUUUAGUGGUCACUUUACUACACAGGUGCCAGCUGGCACUGUGCAGCAUUACACAACUGCUAAAUUUGCACAGAAUGUCGCUGCGCCUGCUGGACAGGUGCUGGGGGUUCUCAGUCAAGUGACAGAAGAUGGAGUAACCUACGUCCGACCUGUUGAAAAUGGCCUCACUGUCAAUCUUGCUCAGCCUCAAACUGUUACAACACAGCAGAACCAGGUGCAACCUACUUUUAUCUCCAUUCCUGUCCAAGUACCUGGAAGUAAACCUGGUGACCCUCCACAGCAGCAGAUGCUUCAAAUUCAAGUUGUUGCACCUAGUAGCCAAGCCAUUACAGGAGCCAUUGCAUGCGACAGCAACCAGCCCAAGUACCACAUGGGCCCAAUACUAGCCCCAGGAAAUGCUACUGUUGUCCAGUUUGCCUAUAAUAACCAGCAAGGUGAUGCUGUCGAGGUCCCACUGAUGCAGGCCAUACAACAAACUCAACAAACACAGUCCACCUCAACAGAAAAUGGAGAAUGCAACAGUAACAACAAUAAUAACAACCAGCAGCACACUAUACAGAUACAAACUCAAACAGAUGAUGGUGAUGCAGACAAAUCUCAAGCCAAUGGUAAUAAAAUUUCUGUGAAAGUUGAGAAAGGUAAAGGGUUCGGAGAGCAGCAAACUGUUCAACAGUAUGUUGAAAUGCCUAAUAAUUGGACAAGUUUAGUGCAGCCUGGAUCUACGGUUGCAGAUUGCCUGGCAAAAUUGCCAGCUGCGAUUCCACAUGGCCUCACAAGUUUCUUAAAAUUUGCUCCAACUAUUAAACGGGAAACUGAAAAUGAAUCAUCACCCCUUUCUACACAUUCGCCUGAGGGAAUGUCAAAUGAUCUUGUUGUUUCUUCCGAGGACCCGUUGGCCCAGGAUCACUCAUCAGACAUGACAAUUGCAACUGAUGGGACUCAGGGAAUGGCCGAUGGUAUGAAAAAAACCAAUAAAGUCAAGAAGAAAUACAAAAAGAAGAAUCCGAAACCGAAGAAAACAAGGCCAGGACAGGUCACUAUAGCUACUGCACUGGAUGGUACUACCUUGUUCUGUUGCCCUGAAUGCAACAUGGCAUAUUCUGAGAAAGAAUUGUUGGAGCAACACUUAGCUGUCCAUAAAACAGAACGCAGGUUCAUUUGUGACACAUGUGGAGCUGCUCUGAAGCGGAAGGAACACUUGGAGCGCCACAAGCUAGGGCACAAUCCUGAGCGGCCAUUCACAUGCGACACAUGUUUUAAGGGCUUCAAGCGCAAGGAACACUUGAACUUACAUGUUGUCAUUCAUUCAGGCGAGAAGACACAGGUAUGUCCAGAGUGUGGAAAAGGCUUCUAUAGAAAAGACCACCUAAGGAAGCAUGCACGGAGUCAUCUCAAAAAAAUAAUUAAGGAAGAGAUUACUACAAUGGGCAUCCCCGGCCAAGACCAACAAACAAAUCAACAGACUAUGGAGGAUGGUUCUCCAGUAUUGUCGAUCUUACCAAAUACUGAAGAUGUCAAUGAAGAUGGAUCUAUUGAGGAUCAUCAGCAUCACAUGGAGGCGACAGUAGUACUCCCAACUCAAACUGAGACCAGUACCAUAAUGUUGCAACAUCACCAUCACUAGUUUACCAAGCUAUGUAGGUUCAUGAACACAUGCAAAGAAACCAGUCCGGUAUUUCUUAGAAUAUGAGUGGCAUUGAAAUGAUCAUGUUGAUAAUAAUGCAAAUUAAUAUAUUAUUUUUUGUUUAGUUCAUUUCUACACAUUUUCAAAUUAUCUUCGAUGUAAGCCUUAGUGUGAUAUUUAUGUAGAUAUGCAGACUCUCUGCUCUUGUGCUGCAUUCAUUCAUUGUGUCCACUCUAGAAUUCAGAAAAAUGGUGCUGGUUUCUCUCAUGAAAUUUAUAAUGUUGCAAUCUUUGAGCUCUGCUAGUUACCAAUCACCAGCUACAUUCAUCCCACCUCAUUGCAAUCAUCAUUCUCAUCCAUAUUGAUGUUUUCUCCACCCCUCUUUUUUUUUUUCCUUUGUAUGUAUCUGUUGAACUCGGUGAGCUGCGGAGAUGUUUCAAAGGGCUGCCUCAAUUUAGAGUUUUAGUGAUCACUUAAAUUAAGUUUUUGUUACUGAGUGAAUCAUAUUAGUUGUUGUAUGAGUGUUGUGUUGCUGGGCCAUGUACACUGUCAUGGAUUUUAACCAUUUUUUUGUUUUUGUUUUUGUACAAUGUUGCCUUUGAUCUAUGUGCAAUGAUAAACAUUUUUAAUGUGAAGCAUUCACCCCAUCUAUAUCUAUUUGGGUCGAAUCUCAACUAAUCGUGCUACGAUUUAUCCAACUUUAGUGCUGCAUGUUCAGUUUCACAAUGACUGUUGUGGUGUACGUGUUUACGUUGUUAUUUUUUUAUUGCUUGUUCUCCUUCAUAAAGGAGUUAAUAUAAUUUCAAAUACUACUUAACGUACUCCAUGAACAAAUGAAAGUACUGUAAUGUGGAUGUGAAUGUUAUCUUUACAUGCCUUCUUAUACAGUACCGUUCAUGGGUGUGAACUUCACAUGCUUCAAAAGAUAAACUUCCAUUUUAACAAGUACAGAACCUUACUAGAUGGUGGCAAUAGCGGGUUUUUGUUUACUGUUAGGCUGUUGAUCUAUUGAAUAUACAUUAUAAUACAAAUUAGAUUGAAUGACAUUUGUGUGGACGAAUGCUCUUUGCAAGCGGUUUUUGUACAUAUUGUUCCAUCUAUCAAUUUCUCUUGCAUUUUUCCUUAGGGUCUUUAAGGUGUUAAAGAACAUUAAUUACUCUCCACAUAAGUGCCUGGAUGCAUUUGUUUUUGUGUUUUUGUCCUCCCUUCUUUGUAUGACUAGGUGAUUAUAUUAGUUUAAAUUUUUCUUUAAUAUAUUUAUAGAAAGCUAACUUGGAGCUCUAGAGCUUUGCAGCGAAGCUGCUUUUUUUACGAAUGGAAUUUGUUUCUAUCUAUUUCUCCUUUGACUACAGAAAAUUUCCCUCAAAAGUUUUACUCAUUUUUGGAAUCUAAAUAUGUCCCCCUUCCUGCUGCCCCCUCUCAAAAUUUUUAUCUUUCGGUGAUGUAUCUUGAGCAAAAGAAACCAAAGCUGUAAUAUUUUUUAUUCUCAAAUCCUCUUUAAGUUAAGCUACAGGCAAACGGUUUUUGCAUUGAGAUGUGAAUGUGUCUUAUGGAUUGUGGCACUUUGAUGGGAGGGGCAAUGUAAUGGGUUGGUAUUUGUUUGCUCACAGUACCUCAUCACGCUGAGCAAUUUUCACUUGGUGGUCAACAAUGAAGGUUUCUAUGGUAGUGAAUCUGGGAGUUAGGUCCCGUACUCAGUCUAGCAGAUAUCACCUUGUUACCUAGCUUUUGUUUGUUGUGAAUUCAGAACCUUUGUUUGAUAUUUUAUUCUUGUAGGACUUUAAUGAAACUCCAAGCAGUUUGUUUGCAGUGUGCCAAACGUUAGUGUUAAACAAUGAGCAAAUGCAUUACUCCUAUUGCUUAAGGUUUCCACAACAUCACUUAGUGUUGAUAGAUAAGCAUUUACUGCAAAAUCUAUCUCAAAGAAUCUUCUGUGUUCCUAAAUUGAAAUCCUCAAACCGGUGAUAAUUGUUUUGAAAAAUCCACGUUUGAUUGCUUAAAUAUUCUCUGAAUGAGUUUAUCAUAGCAUUCUGCUUCCAUCCUGAUUGGAGUUGACUUGCAGUGUUGGUAAAAUUUUAACCUUUUCUAGCUGUUACAGCUUUCUUUUCCAUUUAUAACUUGCACAAAAUCUGUUUCUUUGCUAUGCUUGUUCAAUCCUUUUUUGAUUUGAGAAUCAUAGAUCAGUUAAUGUUGCAUUUGAAGAGCCCUGUUAUGUUGGAUUUGACAACACCAUAUUGACAAAGUACAAGUGCAAAUUGUGCAAAGGGUGGGAAGUGAUUAUGUUCAAUCAAUUUUUUCACUGCUACAUUGUUGCAACCCACAAAAAAUUAUUAUAUAAAUAUAUAUAAAAAUAUAAAUACAAAUAUAUAUUUCUCUAAUAUAUGCUUUCUUUGUAACUAUGAGUGUAUGUCUGAGAGAGUGCGCAUGUGUGUUCUGGUUGAUAUCCCAUAUGUGUGUAAAAUAUGUUUAUUAAUUUAUAAUGCUGCGUCCUAACCCGUCUCCUCUUUGUACAUAGGUUUUAGUUAAAGAAAGAGUGACUGCAAAAUGCAAAUGGAACUUUUUUGUAAUUUAAUAUGGUUAUAUCAGUAAGAAUUUUGGUUUAUUUAGGUUUUAAUUGUAAAUAAUAAAGCGCAUGGUUAUACAGUAAAACAUAUUCCAUAUGAGAAUGAUGGUUUGAAAAAUAUAACAAGGCGAAUGAUUUUACAGUACCUUUAGUGUCAUCUAAGCUUACCCUUGAAGUAUUCUACAAAUCAUGAACAAGGAUAGAAUUAAUUUUUAGAAUGCGUAUUCGUUAUAUAUUGUUUUCUUUCCUAUUGUUGGUUGCGGUACAAAUUGAAACUGCGUAAUAAACAUUCUGGAAAUUCUAAUGAGUCCUUUAUGAAAUUUACCAUUGUUGACAUCAUGAUACAUGUUUCCUUAGUUCUGUCUGUUGUAUGGAAACUUUUACAACUUCUAUUAGAAUGCUAUGCAAUGGAACUGGGGCAAUUUCUUCACCUUUAAACGGCAGUACUUUUCAGACUACACGAACUUGAGUCAAAGGGAAAAUCUUUUGAAGUUACGCCUCUACACAAUGCAUUAUUGUCGAAAGAAUGUAGGUCUUUCUGCUUGUAAAUAUCAUCACUUUGUCUCUGCUACACUUUGUAGUUGUAUUUAAGCAUUUCGACAAGAUAGAAUAAGUUUGUUUCUUAAGACUCUGUUUAAACUAAGGUUAGCAUCAAUUAACAGUUCAAGAAAUGUAGUCAGUUUUAGCAAGAGACAGUUCCAUGAGGAAUCGUUGGAAUUCCUCUAAGGAAUUCCUCAACAGAUCCUCAUGUCACUUGUAUUCUCUCUCUUAUAUUUUUUAAUAAAUGUCUUUUACAAAAGGAUUGUUAUUUCUUGGACAUUUUGUCAGCGGUUUCUUGUAAUUCAGUCAAUUUUGAACCACCAUUAAUUUAUGAAUUGUAACCUGGUAGUGUUGUGCCUACUAUGAAGUAGGUGUUUGGCUGGAAAAAUCCUAAUGUUAGUUUGAAAUGACUGGAUUUGUCACAAGUUACAUGUAUUUGUUGGAAGCCGUACCUGAACUUAAUCACAUUAGUUUUCAGUGACACUAAUGUGCUUUUGAUAUAGUAGUAGUGUUGGAUAACACUUUUUGUCUCAACAGUUGUUAGGUUCUUUCUCAUCUCUAAAGAAACAAUGAUAUGACAAGUAACUUUUCUUUAAUGGACUGUAUCAGUUUCUCUUCCUCUCCUGACUAACAGUGAUGUUAUCAGAAUCACUGGAUUUGAGUGAUAUGCAGCUAAUUUGAAUGGAAAGGAACUGCCUCACGUAUUUAACAGCAUUACACACAAGAAGCAGAAUAAUCUUGCUUUUUUUUUCCCUAUUCCUAUGUUCAGUUAUUGGCUGUGAAUA